AUGGUAAAGUCACGUGAUCGUGAAAUGGCAGCACGCUUGGCCACGCCUGUUUGCUACUCCGACACAUUUAUAGGUGCAUUCACAGGGUUCGGAGCUAUAUGGUCACUGAUGGCAUUGGCCGUGGAUCGAUGUGUUGUUAUUACAAGGAGCAUGCCAGUUCAACAUCCGACGGAUAAAAUGAUCGCAUAUUUUGUCACAGCUACCAUAUGGAUAGUGGCGUUGGCCUUUGCAAUAAUGCCUUUUCUUGGCUUUGGACGUUAUUCCAUCGAAGGAUCUAAAAUUGCAUGCAGUGUUAUUAACUUUACAAAAUCAUUUUCGAAUAUGCUGUACAAUAUUUUAAUUCAGGUGUUAUACUUCUUCAUACCAAUUAUUUGUAUGAUAUGCUGUUACAGUAUAAUUUUUAUAAAGGUACGAACUCAUGAACGGCAGUAUUUCAAUGUUAAACAAUCUGGCCAGGUGGAUGAUUCUUCAUUUAGACGCAUGCGCAAAAGUAGGAAACUGGAACGAAAUGAAAUGAAAACGGCUAGAGCAGGGUUAAUUCUUAUAUCUGUGUUUUGCCUAUCCUGGACCCCCUACAGUAUUGUCUCGUGGAUUGGAUUGCUAGGAAACAGAUAUACACUGACACCGUUAGCAGUUGCUUUGCCCGCAGUUUUUGCGAAAAUGUCUACAAUUUUGAACCCACUUCUUUAUGCUUUGUUACUACGUAGUUUCAAGCUAAAACUAAGACUAUUAUACAAGCAGCACUUUCAACUAACACGCACUUUUAAUGUCGCGUCGGAAAGGACAAACGUUGAAAUUAUUUCUAAUUUAGACAGGCAUAGAAGACAAGCUGCAGACACGACAAGAAGGAAAAAUUUAAACUCUCUUUAA